AUGUUGAUGAAAGCCUCCAAUUUCAUGUUGAUCCGCGGCAAUUUGUCUAGCAUUAUGGCUGCCUUCGAACCGCCGCGUCGGACAUGGCACGGCGUUUCUUCGUUGCCGCGCUUGCAGCACAGGGAGCAGCCACGCCAUUGUGUCCAGCAAUCUGUGGCAUGGCCACAGGGGGGGGGAUACUACAGCAACAACUGCGUGGUGAGUCCCACAGCCAGCAGCCACCGCGGAACGGAUUUAGUGGACAUCAACGUGGCUGCGAUCAACCCGUACAGUGGAGGCCUCGGAGAUUUGAUGACCAUGGUGGAACCCUCCAUCGCCCAGGCCACACAGGAUAUCGAGAAUAGCAAUUUGUUGCCAGGCUAUCGCCUGAAAGUCCACCUGGUAGACUCCAAAUGCUCUGCAGCUUGGCGUCGAGCGCGGGUGUCCGAUGCCACCUUCGCAACCCAAGCGACCUGCUCCACAGGGCCCCAGAAACACAUUUUAUUGAGUGAUUCUUGCAGUGCAGCCUGCGCAGCGGUAAACGAUGCCGCGCGCUUCUUUCAGAUUUUGCAGGUAGGGCCUGGCUGUGUUUCUGCCAGGCUAAGGGAUAGCGAACGUUAUCCCUUCUUCACACGUAUGGCCCCAUCAACGUUUUACAACGUUGUGGCGAUUUACGAGUUGAUGAAAUUUCUUUCCUUCAAACGUGUCGGCGUGGUCUAUGGCUAUAGGGACAUCAAUCACGCAGCGAAGGAUCUCUUUUUGGAUCUUUUGGAUCAGGCACAGGGCGGAUCAGCGACAGAGCACGACCUCACGGCGGGCAGAUACCCCUGGACGGUGCUGACCACGCUGAGCGUCAAGACCUUGGACGACGCCAAAAUCGUCGCUGAGGAGACGCAUCAUCACGACGCAAGGAUAAACUUUAUGGCGUUGUACGAGCUGGAGGGUGCUAUGGUCCUAUGCCAAGCAUACAAAGACGGUAUGCAGCCUCCAGACUACAACUGGUUUGUGGCUUCGGGUUGGUGGAAUGAACAGUUUCUACAGUUGACCGCCAACUCUGCUGUUUGCCCCUGCACCGUUGCAGAGCUCCAACGAGCCAGUUAUGGUCUAAUCGCAGCGGACCGUGGGCCUAUGCUACGCACUGAGGAGGUGCACUCCUUGUCUGGGCGACCUUUGCGGGAUCUCUACGAUGAGUACACCCAGCUGUGUGAAGCCUUUGGUAACGGCGUGGGCUCCUGUAAUCAUCAGUGGGCCGGCUAUUUCUACGAUGGGUUAUGGCUCAUUGCACAGAUCCUCGAUACCUAUUUAGUGCAGCAGAACAAUUCCUUGAGCAACCUGGGCACCCUCGAAUCGCGCCAGGCUUUGUACAACCUGUCGCUUGCAGUGGAUUUCUAUGGCCAGACGGGCCGCGUAAGCCAGUGGCGCAGCGCAACCGGCACCGAACUGGACCGGGAAGGCAUCGUCCUACUGCGACAAGCCACCGGGACUCCAGAGAAGGCCUUUGGGGAGUUGGCAUAUCGCACUGCAGAGGGCUUCCAGUUUCAGACUGACAUCCUAUGGACCUCCGAUGGAUCGAAGAAGGUUCUGUGUCAGGGCAAGCUGUGCCAACUGCAGAGCGGCUGGAUCCCGCUGGACGGUGUCGAUCAGUGCCAUCCCGGGGAGGUCUGGUCCAAAGAGUUGGGAUGCAGUAAAUGCGAUCCUGGAACCUUUUCAUCCGAUGGUCAUGGUGAUUGCGAGCCUUGCCCUGUCGGCUCCUAUGGCAAGGACGCCGGGAUGGCCCAGUGUGUACCUUGUGCCCCGGGCACCGCCAAUCCACUCACUGGGAUGACGGCCUGUAUUCCAUGCCUCGUAGGGCAUUUCAUGAACAUCUCUGGAGCACUGCUGUGUGAGCAGUGCCCAAUGGGCGAAUACGCUGCCGAGAACGGUCAGCCCCACUGCACUUUGUGUCCUGCAGGGCGCACGACCAACUUCGAGGGCGCCACGGAAGAAGAACUCUGCCGUUGCGACGGAAAUCUCUUCGAGGGAAGGUGCGUGCAGUGCGAAAGUGGCACACGCUUCGAGCUGGGCUCGUGUGUCAGCUGCCAGGGCCUCGAGAUCUGCGAAGGCGGCCGUGUGGUCGGCUACCGCAGCAGCGAUGCUGAGUGGUUCACCACCAUCGAGCUGGCAGGUGCUCAGUGUGCCUUGAGUCAAGAGAUGGCCAGGAGAUUUUUCCUGGUGGCCAGCGACCUGCAGCCGGAGCUGAACCGACUGAAGCUGCGCAGCAGCAUGAGCAGCUUCGCUGCCGCCCUGCAGCAGCUGCUCUUGGGCGAUGCCGCGAUGCAGAUCCUGGCACCGCCCAACGAAGAGGUGCAGCGAGCGCUGGAGCUGCUGCAAAACGACUGGAACGGCUUCCAGGCAUAUUUGACUGAUCACAUCGACUCCGUGAAUCAGGACGACUCCAUCGCCAUAGCCACGGUGGCAGAACAGAACCUUCAGGUGUUGAGCCGCUCAGAACAGCUGAUGCAGCUGCUCUCGGAGGCCUCCCACCGCGCCGGCGCCUCCACCAAGGGCCUCUUGGUAGACAUUGCCACUCGGCAGAAGACGCUGAUCCUACGAUUCUCCAAGGAGGUCCUGUUGAUCAGCCUGGGAUAUGCCGUCUCCAGCACCAGGUCAGUUCUGGGAGAAGUGGCGGAUCUCUUUGAGGCGUCACAGGAGGCCAUCAUCUUUGGCGUGGACAGUGUGGGAUUGCCUAAACUGGAUAAGAUGUGCACAAUGCGACAGAUGAGAGAUGUAACCUUCUACUCGAUGCAGGUGAUGCCCAUGGUCCGCGAGGUGGCGAACGCCGAGAGCAACUCCCAAAGCCGCGCCACGGCGUCGUCCACCGCGGCGCCGCUGGCAGCGCUGACGGAGGAGUUCUUCGACGCCAUGCACCUCGCGGAGCAGCUGCUGGAGAACUCCACGGCCAGCUGCGCGGAAAGCACGACCACUAAAGGCGAGUGGAAGGCCCUACUAAUUGCCAGUGCAGGGGUGCGAUGUCGAUGUGAGAUGGGUUUCCUCUUCUUCAUGCAGGUCAUCAAUGGAGUGGAAGUGGAUGCGAGCAAAGUGAAGCUCACGGUGCAGAUCUCCUCAGAACACGACGAGCUGAGAAAACUGGUGCAGGGCAGUCGUUUGGACGGAAUUCCAACGCCUCCCACGCAAGACAUCUUGGACCAGAUGCUGGAAGCCUUGGCAGCUUGGAAUCACUUGGAGCCGUUGCUGCACUUCGCUUCAGAGCCGCAUAGCUCUCUGCCCUCGGGGCACCUGGCACGCACCGUGCGCUUGCGGGAGGAUUUCGAACAUCGCAUGGAUUCAGUGCUGCACUUGAUUGAGAAAGCUCAGGAAGCUGCCAACUCUAGUACUGGAGAGAUGGAUGGAAUGCCCUUGAUCACCCUGGAUUUACUGCACUUGCAGCGGAUGCGUUUGAGUCGGCUGUCAGCCGAAGCCCAUCUGGUGCUUUAUGGCCUCAAACCCGACUUGCAUCGAGAGAUGUUGAACGCCACCGCAGAAGAGAUCCUCCAAACCAAUGAACGGCUGAUCCUGGGAGAUUCCAAUGCACUGCAACCCAUUCGAAGCCUCUGUGUGACUCAAGACAUGGCGGAUGUCAUGGUGCUCUUUCGCCAAGUGGAAGAAGCUGCCCGUGAAGUCACAAAUGGCGACCGGGAGGAGGCGGCGCGACUGAUGCAUCUGGUACCGGAGGGCACGGAGCGAAUGUUGCGCUUGACCCAGAAGGUGGACGAUUUCUAUCGAGGUCUUGUGGAUGACACGAACUGUUCACGCAGCUUGACGACCGAGCAGUGGCUACAGCUGAUGGUUGAGGUGGUCCGCCUGGCUUGCCUGGGCGAGGACCUCGCCUCCAGCACCACAAACGUCACCGCCGCCCGGGCGGCACUGAAAACGUCCCUGGUGCGGCUGCAGAUGGGCUCGGCCUGGCCGCCGGUGCCGGCGCCACCAACGCCGCAGCUAUACCAACAGGUCAUGGAAGUGCUGACACCUUUGGCCCAAAACAGCCAGGCUACACAGCUCUCCGGCGCAGCUCUGGCGCAGCUGGAACGCUACACCUUGGAAGGGCUGAAGGUCGACCAGGCUUGGCCUGGGAAGCGGCUCAAGGUCUUCCUUUGGCAAAAGGUCUUGCUGAUGCAGGUCUACCGCCAGCAGAUCACCGGUGACGACCCCACAAAGAGCAUCCAAGCCUUUGAAGCAGCACAUCAGCAGCUGAAGUAUGGAGGAGGCGGCCUUGCUCCCUUGGCCCAGUCAGAGAGCCUGGAGGCUUGGGAGUCACUGGACGCCUUGUGGCUCAACUACCAGGCACUUCCCAUGGCCACCGUAUCUGCCAGCCGCGUGAAGGGACGGCGCGACGAGCUGCUGGUGGCCUUGGACGAUGCCGUGCCGCUCUUCGCCCUGCCCGACGUUUCGGACGACCGGGUUCGUGUGCCCUGGGGCUACUACGUGAUCUACCCUAUCCUGGGUUUGAUGGUGCUUUGCUGCUGUGCGGGCGCCUGUUGCUUGGGUCGGCAGCACGCCAAGGCCAAGCACGCCACAUCAAAAGACGCCCGUGUGGAGGAAGGUGCCGAACGUUGGUAUCUCUUGGCUAUUGCUGAUAAUGCAAAGCGUUCUGUGUUUGAAGGCGGUUCGGAUGGGCUGCUCCCAGAGCAAUCCCGGGCGGGUCGCCAAGCAAAUCCGAGCGCCACAAGGCGAAACGGUGAAACCCUUCGAGAGGUGAAAAGCAUCGGCUACACCCAUGGCCGCAUCAGCCUUUGGUUCAAGACCCUGGCGCCGCAACUGUCCAGGAGCAAUUCCUUCAAGCCAGGGCAAAGCUGUUGGGGAUCUCCACGGCACCAAUGGCCUCAGAGGUACGUGUCCACUAAGCCGCCGAUUUCCACGCAUCCACAGGUCGCUUACCGUAACAAUGGCAGUGUGCUGCCUGAGCGCUACCAUCGUCCUGCAUCGUCUUCACCGCGACCAUGCUACUCUUGGAGGUCACGUGCUUUAGAACCUUUGGCGCCGGCAUCUUUGUGUGUGCCACCUGCCAAGAGUAUGAGCGUGGAGCAGUUGGCUCCUCCAACCACAGGCCGUGUGGGCGCUCCAGUUACCACAUUGGCACCGGGUCGUCCGACCUUAGUGCGAGGGCGGCAGAACUCGCUACCGCGACGCGCAUCCUUUAAGUCGGUGACACGGGCUCGCACCCCGCCGCUGCACACGCGCGAGCGCAAUCGGCAGAAGGUGGAGGCGGCCUCACAGGAGCAGCAGCGCGCUGCCGAAGAAGCGAGGUAUGACAAGUUCCUACAGCCUGAAAGUUUUUCGGUGCCCAAGACCUUCACUGGCGUCACCAACGUGACGAAUGUCGUGAGCAACGUGAACAACGUGAGCAACGUGAGCAACGUGAGUAUGACAUCUACCGGACGAACCAUUGAGGUGCAGCAGUCACAGCCGCCGCCCUCCUUGACCAACUCAGCUUCGACCAUCUCCCCCGUGUCGCGGCAUCAUCGGCCAAGUGAUGGCAUUGCACUGUCGCAGGAUGAAAAUUCGCAGAUCUCGCCCAAGGUGCCACAGGCUUUCAGCGAUACCAGCCCAGACGACAAGGAGAAUCAGCCGCCGCGAGAUGAGAAUGCAGGCGAUCGCGGCAUGGUCUGGGAGGAUCCUGGAAGUUCCUCCGCCGAGAAGGAUGGAAACGCCAACUUCGAGGACAACAGCGAUGCAUGGAAAGAUACUACAGGCAACGUGAGCCGACAGACCAUGUCGUCGAUGUCGUCGUUGGUACAAGAAAAGAUCUCCCUGUGGGAAACCUUCUCUACGAGGGUCCCGAAGACCUCUGCAUCCUCCACCUCGACCACGGGUGGAUCCACCAGAGGGCGAUCAUCAGUGAGCAACAGCUCAUGGUACCGUUGCUUCAGCGACAUGGCCAGGAACAUGCGCCAGGAGAGCGCCCAAAUGACACGCUUGAUGGAUCGGUUGCGUGAGGUGGGCUACGACGAGUUGGGCUCACCCUUCAGCACCCGCAGUACCGAGGCCAGCAGUCCUGGAGAGGAUCUCACUGACUCUCCGGACACGCAGAAGAUCAAAGCUCAGCUGGUGGAUAUGCACCGCCACCUGAAGUUGACCAAAAAGAUGUACAGAGCCAUGGAUGGCUUGCUCCGCAUGCGCUCCUUAGAUCAAGCCUUCGCCAAUGUGGAAGGGAAAUCGGCGUCCCUAUCCCUGAGCACAUCUCCUUCGAGCCCCCGAAGUGACCGAUGUACAGCGGUCAAUAUGGCAGGUCCGAAGACCCCCAGCCUGUCGCAAAGUGGAAAAGACUUUAAAGACAAGGACACCCACGAUGACAUCGAUGCCUCCAGGAAGUCUCGAGGUCGCCGAAGCUCACGAGAGCAAGAUCCAGUGGUUGAAUCUCCUGGGAAGCGCUUCCCAGUGCCCAAUUGGAUGCGACCAGAGCUAGCCCAGCCCGAGGCAGAUGCCGAAGGUAGCCUUGCAGUUCCAGAAGAGGACGUCGCCACCAACACCUCGCAGACGGCAUCCCCAUGCAGCACCGCCUCGUCACCAGAGAAUGCUCCCUUGCCCGGGCAAGAGGGAAUGCCCCGGCACGAGACCAUCUUGUAUCACUUGGAGCAGCAAGAGUUGCAUAGGCAAGUCACACUCAUCGUGCCGGAAGGAAUGGAUGAGACACGCCGUGUCAAUUUCGUGUACGAGGAGCAGGAGAUGACCGUGGCCAUCCCACAGGGCUACAACGUUGGACAGCAGGUCACUGUGCAAGUGCCAACGAAGAAGCGACCGCCCCUGGAGCGAAAUGCUUCCCAGGCUUUGCACCGUGGCCGGCAGCACCUGCCAGACCGACAUCUUGUCAUGGAGAACUUGCGGCACUGCUGUCGCGUCACCACGUCUAUUUCGUUGGAUCAUCCUGAGUACAAGAGCCGGUACCAGCUCUACGGCAUGCUGCAAGGAAAAAGCAUGACGCCUAUGCUGCCGGAGAUGCCGGAGGCCGACGAGGAGGAAAGUCCAGGUGCACCCUUCAGCCCAGCCCGGCAUUGA